AUGACUGAACCACAUCAAAUCAAUAUAGUUCGCAUUGCGCAUGUCUUUUACGUUCAUAAAGAAAUUGACAGGGCGUUAGAAUUUCUGCUAGAGUUCGGGUUGCGACAAGUCAAACGUGUGGGGAAAUCGAUAUAUUUUCGUGGUACUGGUCCUGAUCCAUUUGUGUAUUGUGCACAAGAGGGUGACGAAGACCGCUUCGGAGGUGUAGCAUUCGUGGUCGAGUCGGAAUCCGAUCUUGAAGCCGCCCAGGCGCUCCCCGGUGCCAGCGCGAUCUACCCCUUGACCGAUGCACCUGGUGGUGGGCGCUGUGUCACUUUUCAUGACCCCGUCGAUAAAUUUCCCUUUCACCUAGUGCACGGCCAGACUUUACAGGAAGAUGUGAAAGCAUUUCCCCAGCUGGAGUUCAAUUUCGUAAGGUUUAGCUUCUUCCUCACGCUUAUGCGUCCUCCUGACACCUCUAGCCAACACAAAAACACCGACCGGCGAACAAAACUCAAAGAUUCCAAAAAGGUUGGUCCUGCUCCAGUGCACAAACUAGGUCACUUUGGAAUGUGUGUCACCAAUUUUGCCAAAGCGUACGACUUUUAUACCUCCCACUUUAAUUUCAAACCUAGCGAUCUUGUCUAUGAGCCUUCUACUGGGCGAGAUAUAACCGCCUUCCUCCAUCUUGAUCGGGGAUCCGAGCUUGUUGAUCACCAUUGCUUUUUCUUCUUCGAAGGACCAAAGUCCCAUGUACACCAUUCCUCUUUUGAGACCCAUGACUUCGAUACCCAGGUACUGGGUCAUGACUGGCUCCGUGGUAAAGGGUAUGAGAAUUGCUGGGGCGUGGGCCGUCAUAUCAUGGGCAGUCAAAUUUUCGAUUAUUGGUUUGACCCGUCUCGUUUCAUUGUGGAGCAUUACGUUGAUGGCGACUUGGUCAAUGAUGAAAGCCCCGUGAAUCGGUCUCCGGCCACACCCGGUAACUUGCAUGUCUGGGGCCCGGAUCUGCCACCUACCUUUAUGCAUUGA